GGAGCUCCGCGGAGCAGCUGGCCGCUUGUGGAGCCGUGCGAGCGUAGCGGAGCGGUGGGGAGCUGCCCGCGGCGCCAUGCGUCGCGCCAGCCGAGACUACACCAAGUACUUGCGCGGCUCGGAGGAGCUGGGCAGCGGUGCCGCCCACGAGAGCGCCCCGCCGCUGCCGCCGCCGCCGCCGGCGCCGCCGGCCCACCCGCACCCGCCGCCCGCGUCGCGCUCGCUCCUCGCCGCCCUCCUCCUCCUGGGGCUGGGGCAGGUGGUCUGCAGCGUCGCCCUCUUCCUCUACUUCCGAGCUCAGAUGGACCCUACUAGAAUUUCAAAAGAACAUGCACACUGUGUCAGAACACUCUUUGGACAUCAGGAAAAUACAGAUUUACAUGACACAUCCUUUGAAAAUCAAGAAGCAAAUUUAAUGCCAGAAUCAUGUAGAAGCAUGAAACUGGCUCUCCAAAGAGCUGUGCAGAAGGAAGUCCAGCGAGUCAUGGGAAGAGUACCACCAAGACCAGAAAAAGCUGCAAUGGAGGCAUUAGGAAUGGAUCUGUACAAGAGAAGCAAACCUGAGAAGCAGCCAUUUGCCCAUCUCAUUAUUGAUGAUAAGAAUAUUCCAUCUGGAACUCGCAAAGUGAACCUCACCUCCUGGCACCAUGACAAAGGCCAGGCAAACCUAUCGAAUAUGACAUUCAAUGAUGGAAAACUAAUUGUUAAUCAAGAUGGUUUUUACUACCUUUAUGCCAACAUCUGUUUUAGACAUCACGAAACUUCGGGAAACCUGACUAAAAGAGGGCUUCAGCUGAUGGUGUAUAUGAUUAAGACAAACCUUAAAAUAAGGCGCUCUGAUGUGUUGAUGAAGGGAGGAAGCACCAAAUAUUGGUCAGGGAAUUCAGAAUUUCAUUUUUAUUCUGUAAACGUGGGAGGGUUUUUUAAAUUAAAAUCUGGUGAAAUGAUAAGUAUCCAGGUAUCAAACCCAUUGCUACUGGAUUCAUCACAAGAAGCAACUUAUUUUGGGGCAUUUAAAGUGAGGGAUUUAGACUGAAUCUUUCUUUAGUGUGCUAAAAAUGGUGUUUUUAGUGGUCCAGAAACAACUUGAAGACAGAACUGAAAAUCUUUUGCAACCCAAGUGCAUCUGUAUAAACCAUGUAUAUCAUAUAAGACACAUUUUUGCCCUGUGCUGACUCCAGCAGGAGUGUCCACAAGUGCACAGAGGGGCAAAAUUACAUAGUUCUCCCGAUUCACUUCUAGCAGUUUUACUUUGUACGUCUCCACUGGCUUCAGUUAGAGUCAUUAUGACUUUUACAUUGAUGUCCUUGAAAUCAGAGCAGUAUAUUGAACUUCUGUUUCCAGGUUCUGCCCUGACUGUUUAAUCUGUGCCACUUAUACUAGUUUGACACAAACAUGGGACAGAACAGAAAUUGGCUCCCAACUUGCAUUUAGGGCUCAGUUUUGCUUGGGGUUGAGCCUUCUGACCCAGAGACAGUGAAGAUUAUGAAAGCAUGACUAAUCCCAUUGCAUUUGAUGUGGCUUUUCACAUGCUUAGUUAAGCCUGCUCUUGCUUUGCUGGGUUAGGGUUGGAGAGCUCAGGCCGUGGCAGAAAUGAGUUGCAGAACACCUAAAGAGUUCAACUGAAGUUGGUUUAUGGUUGUUGGGGUUUCUUUUACCUGAUUAAAAAGGCUAUGCCAGGAAGAAGGGAGAUCAUCUGGCCUUGCAGUUCUAAGAGGUUAAUUACAGGUCACUUUUAUUAUUGUUGCACAGUUAAUUGCAAAUAUAGAUUGCCAAAAUAUGGUGUGCCUUUAAAGUAUUACAUUGUGCCAGAACCUGCAAAGACAUUUUUU